GUGAAUUUUCCGAUCUGGAAGAAUGUGGGGCUAGAUCUUUUAGAAUUUCAGAAUUUCGAGAUAGGUACAAUACAAAUCCGUCCCACUAGACAAGGCAGAACUCUACACUACCAACAUUGAAGUUAACGACUCCAUACAACAUACAACGGUGUCUAUUGUCAAAACUUGGUAGAGAAGCUACAAACUGCCGGGAUAUUAUUCAAUACAGCACAGAAAGCUCUCCUGAGCUAUAGAAACCGGCAACAUGGCGUUGAAUCUCGACCUCCAGAAUGCUUCUGUUGUAAAAGAUGAACAGGGGAGACCUUUUAUCAUUGUUAGAGAUCAAGGCAAGAAGAAGCGCCAGUAUGGCAACGAAGCAGUCAAAUCGCAUAUCCUCGCCGCUCGAACCGUUGCAAAUAUCGUCAAGACUUCUUUGGGUCCUCGCGGUCUCGACAAGAUCCUGAUUUCGCCCGACGGAGACAUUACGGUGACCAACGAUGGAGCUACCAUUCUACAGCAGAUGGAGAUCUCGAACCACGUUGCGAAGCUUCUAGUCGAACUAUCCAAGUCUCAAGACGAUGAGAUUGGUGACGGUACGACCGGUGUCGUUGUUCUAGCCGGUGCUCUCUUAGAACAGGCUGCCGAACUUAUAGACAAGGGAAUCCACCCCAUCCGAAUAGCAGACGGUUACGACCAAGCCUGUGACAUCGCAGUAGCCGAGUUAGACCGGAUAUCAGAUACCAUCGAGUUCAGCCGGGAAUCAACAGAGAACCUAGUUAAGGUAGCUCGGACAAGUUUAGGCAGCAAAAUUGUAUCCAAGGCCCACGACCAGUUUGCCAACAUUGCUGUAGACGCCGUUCUCUCCGUCGCCGACCUCGACCGAAAAGAUGUCGACUUCGAGUUGAUCAAGGUGGAUGGCAAGGUUGGUGGCGCGUUGGAAGAUACCAUUCUAGUUAAGGGUGUAAUUAUCGACAAGGACUUCUCACAUCCCCAAAUGCCGUCGGAAGUCAGAGACGCCAAGAUCGCCAUUCUCACCUGUGCGUUCGAGCCACCGAAGCCCAAGACCAAGCAUAAGCUAGAGAUCACCUCCGUAGAGGAGUUCAAGAAGCUACAAAACUACGAGCGGGAAAAGUUCAUCGAGAUGAUCCAACAGAUCAAAGAUACCGGAGCUAAUCUAGCUAUCUGCCAGUGGGGUUUCGACGACGAAGCUAACCACUUAUUACUACAGAACGAAUUACCCGCGGUAAGAUGGGUAGGCGGCCCAGAGAUCGAACUUAUUGCCAUUGCUACGAAUGGUAGAAUAGUACCUCGAUUUGAGGACCUGAAGCCAGAGAAGCUAGGCAAGGCUGGUAUUGUGCGGGAGAUGACGUUCGGUACUACGAGAGAGAAGAUGCUAGUGAUCGAGGAGUGCGCCAACACAAGAGCCGUGACGGUGUUUGUCCGAGGAAGCAACAAGAUGAUCAUCGAUGAAGCUCGACGAUCUCUUCAUGACGCCCUCUGCGUCGUACGAAACCUAGUCCGCGACAACCGUGUCGUGUACGGGGGUGGUGCCGCUGAAAUCGCUUGCUCGCUCGCGGUCGAGGACGCGGCUGUCAAGACGCCUGGGUUAGAGCAGUACGCGAUGCGGGCGUUCGCCGAGGCGCUAGACGCAGUGCCGAUGGCGCUCGCGGAGAACAGCGGAUUAAACCCCAUCGCGACGCUCGCUGAGGUCAAGUCCCAGCAAGUUAAGGCCGGCCCCGAGGGCCGCGGCAGGCUUGGUGUUGACUGCAUGAACGGCGGCAGCAACGACAUGAAACAGGCCUUUGUUAUCGAUCCUCUCAUCGGCAAGCGCCAGCAGCUUAUGCUUGCUACGCAGCUGUGCCGCAUGGUGCUGAAGGUCAACAACGUUAUUGUUAGCGGCUCUGGGGAUCAGGACUAUUAGGUGGUAAGAUGAAGCUUAUUCGUUCGCUCUAUCUGCCUAUCCGCGUCGAUCUAGAUCUCGACGUGCUGCGUUGGUAAUGCUCGUGUUCUCGUGGAGGAGAAAGUGGCGAGGCACGUCGUUAAGGUUGUAGAUAUGAAUGGUGGAUACGUGCAUUUAUAUAUGUACCUAUGUACCUAUGGAAUGGCAGUUGAAGGGCUUAACAUCAAAGAGUCACGAUACCUUACCUACCCCUAUCUAUUAGAGAGCCGAGACAAGAAUAAGAAAAAAAAAAUCUGCCGCCUCAGAAUAGUUUAUAUAUGUGCACUUGGGUAUAUCCUAUCUACCUCCCCUGGGCGCGUUAUGCAUACCUAACAUUAGGUACGCAUACUGUAAGAAGAUUCUCAUGUGUAUAUGGGGUAUGAACCCGAAAACGACCACUCUCCCAACUUUUUAUUGCACGAACGCUAAAACGACAGAUACGCUACUAUAUGAUAACGCUGCAGGCGAGUACUGGGGACAAGU